GCAGCCUCUGCAGCAGGAGGAACCGCGCUGGAGCGCCAGCCCCGGCCGGCCGUGCGCGCAGCCGAGCCCGCGGCGCUUGGCUGCCAGAUAAAGAGGUUAUUGUUGCGCUGCCUCGGUCCCAGCCUCCUCAGCUCCCACCCAAGCAGCUCCCAGGAACAAAACCUCCCCCCCGUGCUCGCUUGAGGUUCACUCGUGGCGGAGCUGCGGUGCUGAGAGGAGGAGGAGGAGGAGGAAGAGGAGGAGGGAAAAGAGCCAGAGCAAAACUUGUCUUGGGGAUUAAUAGGAGGCAGGAGGAGGGAGAGGUGCACGCAGGGACACGUCUGGACCAUGAAGGUGGCCCUCGGGUUGCUCCUGCCGCUGGUUCUGGCGCUGGCCUCGGGGGCGAGCGGGCAGCGCAGGAAGCCCCCCCGGAAGCCCACCCGGCCGCCUCCUGCCUUCGAGGAGCCGGUGGAGCCCACAGAGCUGCCCCCGCCCCUGCCCCCGGGGCCCCCCUCCGUCUUCCCCGACUGUCCCCGGGAGUGCUACUGCCCCCCGGACUUCCCCUCCGCCCUCUACUGCGACAGCCGCAACCUGCGCCGGGUGCCGCCCAUCCCCCCCCGCAUCCACUACCUCUACCUGCAGAACAACUUCAUCGACGACCUCCCCGAGGAGGCCUUCAGGAACGCCACGGGGCUCAAGUGGGUGAACCUGGACAACAACCGCAUCAGGAAGGUGGACAGGAAGGUGCUGGAGCGGCUGGAGAACCUCAUCUUCCUCUACAUGGAGAAGAACCAGCUGAAGGAGGUGCCAGCCUUCCUGCCCCCCAACCUGGAGCAGCUGCGCCUCAGCAGGAACCAGAUCUCCAAGAUCCCCGCCGGGGUCUUCAACAAGCUGGAGCACCUGGUGCUGCUGGACCUGCACCACAACAAGCUGAGCGAUGGGGUCUUCAACAAGAACACCUUCAAGGGGCUCAAGAACCUCAUGCAGCUCAACCUGGCCCACAACAUCCUGAGGAAGAUGCCCCCCGGCGUGCCCAGCGCCAUCCACCAGCUCUUCCUGGACAGGAACAACAUCGAGGACAUCCCCAGCGACUACUUCAAGGAGUUCCCCAACCUGGCCUUCAUCAGGCUCAACUACAACCAGAUCUCUGACAAAGGGCUGCCCAGGAACUCUUUCAACCUCACCAACCUGCUGGUGCUGCACCUGGCCCACAACAAGCUGACCAACGUGCCCUUCAUCAGCCCCAAGCUGGAGCACCUCUACCUGAACAACAACUCCAUCGAGAAGAUCAACGGGACGCAGAUCUGCCCAACCUCCCUGAUGUCCAUCCACGACUUCUCCCCCUCCGACCUGGAGGGCGUGCCCCGGCUGCGGUACCUGCGGCUGGAUGGGAACCUCCUGAAGCCGCCCAUCCCCUUGGACCUGAUGAUGUGUUUCCGCCUCCUGCAGUCCGUGGUCUUCUAGCCCUGCUCUGCAGCGCUGCCCUCCCAGGACUUGGCUUUGCACACAGACUUGAGCCCCACCCCGAGUUGGUAUUUGAUACGUGGGACCCUCUCUGCCUCCCUCUCCCCCUCCUCACACCCCACCUCCAUCCCUCUGGCCCUUCUCCCCUUUCCUCCCCCGUGGGGGCCGUGGUCACUCGUGGCUGGGGCAUCCUUGGGGACCACUGCCUGCAGGAUAGCAGCACCGAGCCGCAGCAGCCGGCCCAGGCUACAGCAUCAUCCCCUGCCCCUGGGCUCUGCCCUCUCUGCCCUCACCCAGGCCAGCCCUGCAGCUGGCUCUGCCUCUCCCCUUCCACCCAGCAGAGUUUCAGGAGAUUGGAUCCGAUCCAAGCCGAAAGCAUCUCCAGACGGAGCUGAGGAGGCAGCCCAGAGGCCACCUCGCUGCGGGCCUGGGGG